GAUUGCUUGAGUCGUCGCCGCGGGAAACUGAAGAUCGAACAACAAUGGCGGAGGACGACUUGUCGAAGAUGAUUUGCAACAAUUGCGGCUACGCAGGAUUCGAAGAAUCCGAGGGAUUUUACCACUGCAUUCAGUGCGGCACUAGAGCAGACGACGUCAUGGACACCGGAGUCGGCGACGAAGACUUCGUCGGAAAUAAUGGAGACACGCGCGGCGCAAUCUACCAGGCGACCAACACGCGCCAGCGCCCGUCGCAGCCUAUGACGCAGCCGACGCAGCCGACGUUGGCGACAGAGGAGACGCAGCAGCACUCGCAGUUCUGGUCGCAGUUCGAGCCGACUGAGCCGGCGGAUUUCGGGUCGGGUACGGAGACGGUAACGAUUACGUCGGAGGAUUAUUACAGGGAAGUGAGGAAGAGAUACGUGAUGGGUUUGCAGAUGAUGAUACAAUAUCAAUGCGAAACGUUGGUUAAGGAGUUCAAUGUGACGCCUUUGAUUUGCGGAUUGGUCGGACCCAUCUGGCUCCGGUUCGUUGCUCUUUCCGGCGUUUUCAAUGAAUCUUGGGGAGAUGAGGCGAUUAAAGAUUCUGAAGUUCAAUCAGAAGGAGAAGCAAGGGAAGAUAAACUGUAUAUCAGAAACAAGUCGGAACCUCAUAACUUAUAUGGUAAACGAGCAGUAUUGAUAUGGGUUAAGUCGCUGAGAGCAUCUUUGCCUCUGUCAAGCUCUCUGGCUAUAUGUUUCCUCGCUUGUCAUGUGGCAAGAGCAUCUAUUCUACCCACAGACUUAGUGAGAUGGGCUCGCCAAGGCAAGAUCCCCUACCUAUCCUGUUUUGUUAGAAUAAGAAAGCAAAUGGGGGAGCGAUCACCUGCUUGUCCCGUCAGUGCAAGCAUAAUGUUUAAGCCUUCUCAAGUUAUUUCUCCACAGAGAUUGGAAACACGUGCUGCUUACAUUGCUGAGGAAAUUGGUUUGAAUUUGCCUCCAGUGAAUUUCUAUGCAAUAGCUGCCCACUAUCUCAAAGAGCUGUCUCUCCCUUCUGACAAGAUUCUUCCUCAGGCCUGUCGUAUAGAAAACUGGUCGAUGCCUCCGGAUUUGUAUUUAUCCAAGAAUGAGUGCAGGCUUCCCACUCGUGUGUGUGUCAUGUCUAUUCUGAUUGUGACUAUACGGAUUCUUUAUAACAUAAACGGUUUCGGGGUAUGGGAACAAAGUUUGUGCAAAGAUUCCAGUAGUAAGAUGGAGGAAGAUGUUUCUGAGGCGUCUGGUUCUUCAGAUGAUGAUAAGAAUGGUUCCGAGAAAAAAUCGGCUACAAAAUCUUCGGGUUUUGUGGAAACCGAGUUUAACACCGAGGAGCUUCUGAAGAACCUUGAAGCAAAAUAUCAUGAAGUUGCUCAAAGCUCUGCAGAACAUGAAAAGGGUCUCCUGCAAUAUAUACAACAUGGUAAAGAUGUUGUCUUUGCUGGGUCAGAAGAGUCAUCGCCGGAUAACAUGUAUAAGAUCAUACAAGAGCUCUGGAAUCAGUAUCUGAUUGGCAAGGAUUUAAAAGGAUCUGGGAGAAUUGAUAUUCAAUUGGAGACUCCAGCCAAGAGGAAGAGAUCCCAGGAUGAUAACAUAUCUCUUGACCUACUAUCCUUAGAAGAGAACACGUUUAGUGAUGAAAGGCAUCACCAUAAUCCAUCCAAUUCUGGAGAAAGUAUCUUAAGGAUUGACUCCGAUCAAGAACAAGAUCCAGAACCAGAAAACCAUACUUCUCCUGAGAAAGUCAAGGAGAGCGCUGUAAGAAGACUGAAACGGGACAUGGAAGAGAACGUGUUCUGUUACAUAUCACCUCGUGUGAAGGUAAAGAGGCUAGACUACCUUCAUUAUGUUAGGAAAAAGGAAAAAGGAGCAUUGAAUUAUGUCGCCCAUGCAGAUUAUUACAUUCUGUUACGGGUCUGUGCGAAGGUUGCAGAGGUUGACGUGAGGAUUAUGCAUUUAGGUGUUUUAAGCCUAGAGAGGAGAUUGGCUUGGUUAGAGAAAAGGAUUGAAUACUGUUUGGAUAUCACUCCACCUUCCAUGACCUGUAAGAACUGCAGCCAUGUCGGGAAAGAUACAGAUGAACUAGAUGAGGAUGAUACAUUCUCAAUUUGAAGUGCAACUAUAUGAAAAAGUUUGGUUCUUUAUCUCCCUUCUUUGUUGCUAGAUCUUUCACUAUUAAGAUUCACACGGAGUGAUUGGGAAAGGAAUUUUGUUCAUUGAAAACACGACCUUUACAUGGCUGCGAAAGAACAUCCUUCUAUGAGGCAUGUCUAAAGAGACAAAGCAUGGAUCUUUUUACAAGGAGACAUACUACAAUUCCCACUGCUCUGUUAUUCUGGCAACUGGGUUGCUGCCUUCUGUCUGAAACUCUGUUCUUAUGAUCCACAAGAGAGAACUCACUUGAAUCUAAGACCUAUUGUGGAUAGGGUUCGAUCCACGGCCUACCCUUCUUUUGCUCGACUGAUUUGGAUCGAAUUUCUCGGUUCCACUUUGGGGAUUCCCUUCCCAUUUCGAGCUCUCCUCUGCAACCUGCCCAAGAACGCGACGUUUCUGCCAUGUGAUCUCUUCUUCUCCAGCUUCAAACCAUGUGGUUCUCAAGGAAGAAGCUGCCGCUUUCAGCGGUCGAACUUCUUCUCGGCUUUGCUUCAACAAGAAACGCUUACUUAUCAAACAAUAAACUCUACAUGGUCUAAGAGCAAGCAGCCCAACGCAAAGAAGCAUGAGAACACAUUUACAGCUACAAGACAUAGUUCAACCAGAGAGAACAAAAAAAAGAGAUUUUUUUUCUUUGUUUGCUUGCUCUGCUUAAAGGCAAGAGGAAGAGAGAGAAGCGAAAGUAUGAUGUUUAUAACUCUUAAGCUCUCAGUUUCUGUAGAUUUUGUGUUCUGUAAAAUUAUCUGCUUUGAGAUUUGGGAGGGAGUUUUAAAAAGAAUCGAUGCAGAGGAAAAGGGUACCAUCCA